AUGAAGGACCCGUUCGAGGCGGCCGUCGAGGAGCAGGACUCGCCGCCGGAGUCGCCGGCGCCGCCCGAGGAGGAACCCGGCACCACGGGCCCCGCGGACGACCCCGAGGACUACGACGGCGGCCCGCCCCCGCGCCAGCCGUCGGCCUCGGCGUCGCACGCAGCCGCCGCCGCCGCCGCCGCCGCGGCCAAGGCCAAGGGCCGGGUCCAGAGGGAGCAGCAGGAGGAUGACGACGACGAGGAGGACCAGAUGGAGGUCGACCUCGAGAAGCUUCCCAGCAGCACUGGCGACCCCGACAAGGUCGCCAAGAUGAAGUUCGUGCCUGGUUAUGCCUUGUCUGUUCAAUUUUUUAACCUAGCAAAUGACGCUGCCUUGCUAUCCGUUCAAAUUCGCUGUGCUAUACUGUCCCAAUUUACAGAACAGCAGAUGAACCGUUAUGAGUCAUUCCGAAGAUCUGGAUUUCAGAAAUCUAACAUGAAAAGGCUAUUGGUCGGCAUCACUGGAAGUCAGAAGAUUUCUAUCCCUACAUCAAUUGUGGUAUCAGGAAUAGCAAAAAUGUUUGUUGGUGAGCUAAUUGAAACAGCAAGAGUAGUUAUGACUGAGAGGAAGGAUUCAGGACCCAUUAGGCCUUGCCACAUCAGGGAAGCAUACAGAAGAUUGAAGCUUGAAGGGAAGAUCCCACGGAGAUCUGUUCCUAGGCUCUUCCGCUAG